AGGCCCUUCGGCACCGCAACCCAUUUCCUCUCCCUUCGCUCCCCCAGCGGCCGCCGCUCGCCACGCGGUCGGCCCGUGCGCCGCGCCGCCGCCCUCCACGCUCCCCUGCCCAGCUGCAGGUCGAGUCCGGCUGGUGCGGCAGCACCCUCCCUUCCCACGACUUCUCUGUUCUUUCUCUCGGCCUCUGUCUUCCUUCCUAGCGGCGACGACCGGGCGAGUUGCGCUGCCCGUUGUUCGUCAAGGGACGGGCACUUCGCCGGCGACGAAUAUCAGACAGGGGUAUGCCUGCCUAUUCCCCUCCCUUCCCAUCCUGCUGCGCGAAAUCAAACGCCCAAACCCCUAACAUAUGGUAUUUGUAUUCGGAUCUGACCAUGAUUUGUAUUCGGAUCUGACCAUGUCCUAUACUGGUUCCGCCCCUGCCCAUGCCCCACGUUAAGGCCGUCACUGCUACCUUGGGUGCCAGUGCAAUGCCCGGCGGAUCUUCAGCUGCUGAUGGUGAAGUGGAGGCAGGAUUUGCAAAGCUCCAGGGCGAAGAUUUCGAGUACUACAUGCAGACAUAUUCAAUCAUGCUGGGCCGCAACAGCAAGAAGUCGACAGUGGAUGUGGAUCUCUCGAGCCUCGGCGGGGGUAUGAACAUCUCCCGCCACCAUGCCCGGAUAUUCUACGAUUUCCAGCGUCGUCGGUUUGCCCUCGAUGUUAUUGGCAAGAAUGGAUGCCUUGUUGAGGGUGUUCUGCACCUCCCUGGAAACCCACCUGUUAAGCUUGAUUCGCAGGAUCUGCUGCAGAUUGGGGACAAAAAGUUUUACUUUCUGCUGCCAACGCGAUCUAUCUUUGCCUCAGCUGCUGCUGCUCGACAUGCCCCCAUUAUUCCUCCACCGCUCCCACCACCAUCAUAUGCACGUCCAGGCCGCCCUCGUUUGUCUGAUUUUCACGACCGCUCCUUUGAAGGUGAUUAUGGCAGGGAAGUGGAUGACAUUGGGACUGGUAUCAGUGAAAGUGGGGUGAGGGGAAAGUUGAUAAAGAGAAACAAGAAGUCCUCUGGAGAGUUGGACAUCUAUGGUGGGCACCGAAUCAAUGUUGAAGCAAUAGGAACCCUAGGUGAAGACAGUAGAUCAGAAAUAAGAUCAAGGGGUGACAGGGAUAUUGACAAUCAACAAAUCCUUCAAGCAGAAGAGAAGGAAGUCGUGUCAUCUGUUGCCACAGUGUUAUCUGACCUCUGCGGUCCUGGAGAAUGGAUGCCCAUGGCAAAACUCCAUACAGAGCUUCUUGAACAGUUUGGCAACGUGUGGCACCCCAGCAGGGUCCGAAAGUACCUAACAACAGAUGACUGGUCACCAACGGAGACGAAGGGCAGGCCUUGGUUUGGCCUUCUGGCCCUGCUCAGAAAGUACCCAGAGCAUUUUGUCAUCAACACAAGAUCGAAAGGCAGAGUGACUUCGGAGUUUGUUUCGCUGGUCUCCUUGCUCUCCUAGAGGGGAAACGAGGGGGGCUAGCUGUCCUGCCGAGGAAAUAACAGGCGUUUCAGUCUGUUCAGAAGGGUAGGAGGUGUCUCUCUCAUUUGCCUCUUCUGUUUUGAACCCUACGUAUGGUAUCAACUGUGUUUGAACAGCCGUAAUGACUGGAUCAUUAUCAUCUCUGUACUGUUGACUUGUAUAUGUACUAUGGAAGCAUGAGUUUUAACCAAUGCUAGCAACUUGGCACCAGCGUUCA